AUGUCCCGGCGGGCGUUGGCGGCGUUGGCGGCGCUGGAUCUGCUGCUGCUGCCGCUGCUGCCGCUGCUGCGUCCGGCCGCCGUGGGCGCCUGCCCGGCCCGGGCGGGGUCCGGGGCGACGGGUCCGGGGCCCCCGGGGUCGGGCGGCGCGGGGCCGGCCUUCCGCAACGGCACCGUCGUCCCGCACCCGUUCAUGGUGGCCCUCUACCGCGGCCUGGCGGGGCUCAGGCCGCCCGGACCCUCCGCCCCGGCCCGCGCCCACACCGUCACCGCCUUCGCCGACCGGGCCACCGCAGACGACUCGACGGCCGCGACGGGCCAGACCUUCGUCUUCGACGUGUCCAGCCUGCCGGCCGCCGACGAGGUGGUGGCGGCGGAGCUGCGGGUGCUGCGACGGCCGGCGGCGGGUCCGGCGGCCCCGGGACGCCUGCUGCUGCUGCUGCUCCCGCCUCGGCCGCCCGCCGCCCCUCCGGCCCGCGGGCCCGCGCUGCUGGCGGCCCGGGCGGCCCGGCCCCUGGCCGGCGCGGCCCGCUGGGAGGUGUUCGACGUGUCGGCGGCGCUGCGGCGGCGGCGGCGGGACCCGCGGGCCCGGACGCCCGCCCUCCGCCUGCUGCUGCGCGUCCUGGCCGGGCCGGGCGGCGCCCCGCUGCCCCGAGCCGGGCGGGCUUCGGCCGCCGCCCCCGCCACGAGGCGGCGCUGCGCGGGCGGAGCGCCCCCUGGCGGCCGAGGCGCGGGCGGAGCGCCCCCUGGCGGCCGAGGCGCAGGCGGCGGCGGAGGCGGAGGCGGCGGCGGAGGCGGAGGCGGCGCCGGGCGGCGGGCCCGCACCCGCUGCAGCCGCAAGCCCCUGCACGUGGACUUCAAGGAGCUGGGCUGGGACGACUGGAUCAUCGCCCCCCUGGACUACGAGGCCUACCACUGCGAGGGCCCCUGCGACUUCCCGCUGCGCUCGCACCUGGAGCCCACCAACCACGCCAUCAUCCAGACCCUGGUGCACUCCAUGGACCCCGCCGCCGCGCCGCCCAGCUGCUGCGUCCCCGCCAAGCUCAGCCCCAUCAGCAUCCUCUACAUCGACGCCGGCAACAACGUGGUCUACAAGCAGUACGAGGACAUGGUGGUGGAGACCUGCGGCUGCAGGUAGCCGUCGACGGCCGGGCCCCGGGGGCCGC